AUGACGAAAAUCCAUUAUACAAAGAACCCCGAUAACAGCACGAAAUCGUGCAAGGCCCGUGGGUCUGAUCUCCGCGUUCACUUCAAGAACACCCACGAGGCAGCGAUGGCCCUUCGCAACAUGCCGCUGAGACGUGCUCAACGUUUCCUCGAAAAUGUGAAGGAGCAGAAGGAAAUUGUUCCUUUCCUUCGCUACAAUGGUGGAGUUGGACGUAAGGCUCAAUGUAAGCAGUGGAACACCACGCAGGGACGCUGGCCAAAGAAGUCGGCCGAGUUCCUUCUGGACCUGCUUAAGAAUGCUGAGAGCAAUGCCGAGUACAAGGGUCUUGAUGUUGACCACCUCGUCGUUGACCAUAUUGUUGUCCAGCGAGCUGCUAAAAUGCGCCGACGAACAUACCGUGCUCACGGACGAAUCAACCCUUACAUGUCCUCCCCCUGCCACAUCGAGGUAAUUCUUACCGAGAAGGAGGAUGUUGUUGCUAAACCAUCAGAUGAGAUCCCAAGGACUAAGAAGGAGUCGAAGAGAAAGCAGAGACGCCAAUUGGCUCGUGGAGAUUAUUGA